GUUUUUCCGAGAUUUUCCCGAAUUCGCGACUCUUCAGCCAUCUCGUUCUAUUUUAGGACGAAUGAGUGAUAAGAGAUUCAUAAAAUUGUUCUACUGCAAUCAUUACUAAUGUUUUUUGUCAUGGAACUCAUGAAUGCGGUAUGAAAACCGUUUUAUGAAUAGUGCAAAGGUUCCGUUUCUGUGAUUGAUAGAAGUUUAGUAAUAUGCAAUGGAUAGGCAAGAGUUGGAAAGGGCGAUGGCUGUGCAUGGUGUUGGUGCUGUUAUUGUGCCCCUUUAUCAUAGCCCAGAAGAUAGGUGACCCGUAUAAAAUAUUGGGAAUACAUCGCAGGGCCACCUUCUCCGAAAUUCGUAAAGCAUAUAGGCAACUCGCUAAAGAAUGGCAUCCAGAUAAAAAUGAAGAUCCAAAUGCCGAGUCCCGCUUCGUUGAGAUCAAGCAAGCGUAUGAAUUACUAUCAGACACAGAACGGAGACAAGCAUAUGACCUCUACGGCAUAACUAAUGAAGAUGAUCACAUGUAUAAACAGAGGCAUGAUUAUAGCCAGUAUGCACGAUUUAGCAAUGAUCCAUUUGAUUUCUUCAGUGCACACUUCCGAACACAAGAUCAAGAUAUAACACUAUUCCAUAAGCUGUCUGUUACUACCAGGCAUUUUGAGAACAACAUACUAGAGAAGAGCAUCCACACACCGGCUCUAGUUCUCUUCUACACGGACUGGUGUUUUGACUGUGUCCGAUCAGCGUCAUCAUGGAGGAAGCUGGUGGAAGCCCUGCAGCCACUCGGCAUAACGUUGGCAACAGUCCAUGCUGGGCAUGAAGCGAGUCUAGCAAGGAGGAUCGGUGUGCAUGGUGUACCGUGCUUGACGUUUGUACUGGAUAAACAGAUCUAUAUAUAUAAGGAGAGUCUGGCCUCGCUGCCGAAGGUUUUGGAGUACAUCCGAUGGAAGUUCCCAUACAAAAUGAUACAGAACUUAGACGAUAGUAACGCGAACGCAUUCUUGAACGACUUUGAAGAUAACAAGGUGAAAGCGUUGAUAUUUGAAGAGAGGCAGGUUAUACGGCUGAGAUACUUGAUUACCGCCUUCCAUUAUAGGGACUGGGUGUCUUUUGCUUUCGUCGACAUAUCCUCCCGCGACACUCAGAACCUGACUGCUAGAUACAAGGUCCAACGCAGCAUGGAUACCAUGGUGUUGCUGAAGGAGGACUCUCCAGAGCCGGUGGCCACCGUCAGCACUACGGAGAUACCGACACAAACGCUGACGCAGCUGAUCGAGGCCAAUCAAAUGCUGACACUGCCGAGGUUGUCUUCGCAGAGCAUGCUAGACGCGGUAUGCCCGGUAGAGUGGCGAGCAUCUCGUCGCAGACUCUGCUGUGUACUCGUGGCUAGAGAUGCCCGUGCUCUACCGGCUCUACGACCACUCGCUAGAAGAGCGCCGGAUCGCACGCGCUAUGCGUAUUUGUAUGCGCACAGGCAACCGCACUUUUUGACUGCGCUCGCUAAUGGAUCAGGCAUAGACAUAUCAUCACUAGAACACCGCAUAGUGGUGAUAUGGCGUCGUGAAGCGAGUCGUGUACAAUUCGAGUGGCUCAACGAAACCUGGCCCACGUGCCAGCACUGCUCUGAUGAUGUGGAGGAAACCCUGGAGUACCAUGAGCGACUUAAUGAGACCAAGAGGGCAUUGGAACAGCUGGUGAAGAGGUUACUAAAGCCGAACGAAGUGGUCGCGUAUGAAGCUCAUGUGCAGGAAUUACUCGACGAAGCAGCGAAAAGUGCGAUAUGGCGGGCGUUCCUGAAAGUGGGCGAGUGGAGCGAGAGGGCGAUACUCGCGUUGCGCACGCAGCAUGCCAUCUCGCUCAUAUCCGUGCUCGCCACCGUCGCUCUCGUGCUGGCCGUGGGCUAUCUCAUGGCGUAUCUCAUUCGAGUGGAAGAAGAGUCGAUCCAACGGCAGAAGCAAGAGCGCCGGCAGCAGAACGGCAACAAGCCGAGCGAGCAGCCGGAGAUGCGCCUGCAUGAGCUAAGGGCCGAGAAGUAUAACGGACUUGUUAGGUUGCAAAAGCCCGGAUGCAGGACGAUUGUACUUUUAGUGGACAUGCAAAGUCGAGUGCAGUUGUUGUCUAAAUUCCAUAAGAUAGUGUGGCCGUAUCGCAAGAACAAGACGCUGGUGUUCGCGUACCUGUGCGUGGAGCGCGGCGUGGAGUGGUUCCGGCGCGUGCUGGAGCUGUCGCUGGGCGGCGCGGCGCUGCGCGUCAACGGGCGCAACUGCGUCGGCACCGUGCUGGCGCUCAACCCGCACCGCAAGUACUUCUGCAUCUACCACGCCAAGCACCCCGAGUGCGCCAAGCCGCACAAGCGCAUGUCGCGCAUGACGCGGUCGCUGGGGGGCGGAGCGCUGGACCCGGAGGCGGGCGCGUUCAUCGGCUUCACCACGGAGCCCGACUCCGACGAGGAGCCCUACGAGCCGCCCGUGCUGCUGCAGGAAAACCUCCUCGAUGGUUUGGAAAAUUGGCUCGAUCGUCUCUUUGAAGGCAGCACGCACCGAUACUACGUGAACUACUGGCCGGAUAUGACGACGAAGUGAAGUGUAAUUGGCGCGUCUUUGGUUUUUAUGACAGGUGAUUCUUUUUUUAAUUCACCCCAGGGUAAAGGGUUUUUGGCGUACAGCCAAGUUUUGACAGGUUUCUUUGCUGACAGUUUGGAAUGUAUUUUUUUUUUAAUGUACGGGCAAAGGGGUGUCUACGUUUGGGAUUACUUUUUAAUGUAUAGCAAAGUUUGUUUAAGGUGACUUUUCAACUGGGCUGCAUUAUACUUUGCCGGAUUUUUCUUGGUUGGUUUAUGCAGGUAUUGUGGUGGAUCUAUUUUCUUCUAUUGUCUCAUAUAUUUGUUAAGGCUUAAUUUUUGAGUCUAGAUAUGGGAAAGUUAGUUAAUAAAUUAUACUGUAUUAAUCUAUAUGGAAUGUAUAUUGGUCAGGGUUAUAAAGUACGUAUUGGGCAUUUGCGUUGUAUUAAAAAGUAUUUUAUUUGGAAUUUGUUAUCUCUAUAAAAAUCUUUUUACACUUUCUUGAUAUUCUAUAUGUUAUAUUUACAUUAUUACAUUAUAAUUAUAUUAGAACAGAAUGAUUGUGUCUUAUUACUAUGAGCCAAGGUUGGAUUUCGUUUGGUUUACUGCCCAAGAUUUCGACCAGUUAGGUGAUAGGCGCGUUGGUGCGAAAGUGUAGUCUAUGGUUAUGAUAAAUAUAGAGGAGGGAAUACUGGAGGUAUUUUUAUUGUCUCUGCCUGCCCCAAUAUUUAAAGUGUAUCUUUAAAGGAAGACACGCAAUUGACAAAUUAUUGACAUUUGAAUAAAGGAAAUGUGCUCAGUUUUUAUUUCUUAGAAGCCCGAUGUUUAAUAUCGUAGACAUAAACCUAAUUCAAAUACAUAUGGAAGACCUACAUAGUUAAAACAUUGGUUAUAUUUAUUUACCAAAUUCUACAUAUUUUUAACCUUUUAUCUUUCAUAAAUUUUUAGUGUGUGUUCAUUGUCUAUGGUUUGUGAAUUGCGCGGUCUAUUCUCUAUGGCUAAGUUAUUAAGGAUCAAAUGAAUUAGUGCCUGUCACAUAUUAUAGUACUGAUAGACGCACGUAGGUGUGGUUAGAUACGAAUGUUAUACCUAACGUUGUACUGUGACGUCACUGGGGACUUGAGUAAUGUGACGUCACAGAUAGUGUUGCCAUAGUGUACCGUAUCGUAAUAAAUUCGUGUAUUGGUGUGGGGAAUUAUUUAAUUUACAUAAUUUUUAGGACAAAUAACUUUUCAAUUCAAUUCUAGAAGAAUAUAAUUGUCAUAACAUAGUUUUGACAUUUAGCACAUUUAAAAAGGAUAAUUUAUAGUUUGAUAAGAACAAUUUUCAGUGUCGGUAUUGUUUUGUCCGAUCAGAUAUCAAUUUACGGUCUUACUAAUAAAAUGUUACCCAUUCGCUAUGCCAUGGAUUAGUUAUUGCAAUAACCUGUCUUGUUUUAAUGAUUGACGUUUCAUGUGAGCAAAAGCAGGACACAGCAAUGGUAGAAAAUGGUAGAAAUUUAUCCAUUGUUUAACUUUUUAUUAGUAAGGCCGUAUGAUUUCCAGAAUUUUAUUGCUCCUAUAGGUUGAAACGUCACUUGAAAUUAUAAACUUGAAUUGUUCGAAAUAUUUGUAAAUUAAAUAAUUCUCCAAGGGACAAAUAUUAAAAUUCACACUUUUAUAAUGUUUAGCUUGUAAAUAGAGCGUUCGAUUUCAAGAUAAAACACACGGUAGCUAGUAAUAUAGACAGUAUUAUACACUGGCACUUUUAGAUAUUGUGACAAUACGAAUCUGUUACAGUGAUAGGCAUAGACAAGAUAGGUUUUGCCUGAAACAUCUCUUGUGACUUUAAAAAGAAUGAAAAAACUGUCUCGCUAAAAACCUCUUUUCAAAAAAUAAUGGUAAAAUAAAACAAUUAAUAUAGUUAAAAAAAAACUAAGACACGCUUGAACUUAUGAAAUUAUUGUACUGACAUCGAUCCUUGAUACUGUACAGAGUUUAAAUUAAAUCGUUCCUUUUAAAGUGUGUCAAAAUCGUGUGUAAAGGAGUCGGUUACAGACAAAAUACCGGUGAAGCUAAUAAAAGCGUGUUGAUAUGUUCAAACCUCUUCCCGAUCCUCGAUUGAUAUUUUAAUACUGUUUUUCAGCUAUCAAUGAAUAAAACUUUGAAUAAAUUGUCUAUGCCUGUCACUUGUGCAGUAAAUAUUUCAAUUUACAUUAUUUAUUAUUCUCCGAUAAGCUCUCUACUACAUUUUUAAAUAAUAUAAGUAGAAAAAUAAAACAGUGCCUAUGUACAAUGUUUAUAAUUAUGAUUAAAAUUUAACCAUGCAAUGUUGCCACUUAUUUAUAGGGUAAUCAUUUGGUAGUACAGUCUAGUCAAAUAUUAUUGCCAUUAGUUAUAAAGUAUUAUUCGGCUUUAUACAACACACGAAAUGAUUAUGAGCUUGAACGUUUUGCUCUCUUUAUUAUUCAAUUCAGCCGUGUAUCAUAUUAUGAGACCCUAGUGAUGACGUCACAAGUCUCAUCAUAUCGUACGCGGAUUGAAUGUCUCGUUAGGUCAAAGUUCAAUUUUAAUCAAAUUCUAGAAUAAUUUUAUAUCAAUGUAACCUUUCAAGUUUUAAAUUAUACGGUAUUUUACCAAAACGUUACAGGUUGUCUAUUUUAUUCUUCGUUGUACUUGUGUGCGUGUUUUUUUGAAUAUGAAUAGAUUGUUGCAAGUUGAAUUUAAACUUUUGUAAUGCCUCCUCCACAUUACUCGCGAAGUUGAACGAGGUUAGACGAAUAGAAUAAUGUAGAGAGGCACUCCGGCUUACUUCGUCCAACUUUACCUCGCCUCG